GCUCGCCUCCCUCCAGAAGUCCUCAUCGCCUUCCGCGGGCAUCCUCCACAUAGAGCUGCUGCUGCUCCACAGCUGCUGCGGAACGUGGUUGAAUCCAUCGAUUCAACUGUUCACUCAACACCGUCGAUCCGACUGUUCAUUCAACGCCGUCGAUUCGAGUGCUUAUCCAACGCCGUCGCCGAUUCAAUCGAUAAAUCACAAUCUACCAAUCACAACCUACCCAUCACAGCCCACCCAUCACAGCCUACCAAUCGCAACUUAACAACUACCGGGCGAUCCCUCAACCCCCAUCUCCAUCCCCUCCUCGUCGUGGAUCCACCUGCGGCUCCAGAACAGCAACCCAACACUAGAAUGUCCUCAUCAAAAUUCGGCAGACUCGUCUCCUCCUUAAAACAAAAGAUAUCGUCCAAGCGACAGUCCAAGGACGACCAACAGCAGAAUGGCCGCUCCACCUCCCGCCUAGACCUCUCGCAGCCCCCCAAAGCAGUCUCCAGCCAAAGCAACCCACAUAGACGCUCCGCUGCUUCUUCACACCAUAGAAAAUCCUUCAGCAGUCACUCUGCACAUCGAAAAUCCAUUGUCUACAACCAUGGCGGACGAAGCCGAACCUCCUCGGGCGUAUCGGCCUCGCAGAUCCCCGCACAAGUCCGCAUCUACGCCGAUCAGCACCACGACUCGCCCGGCUGGAGCAGCAAGCCGCUGCCCGAGCCCUCGGUCCCCACGACACCCAUGGCUCGCAUUCCGUCGCAGACCGGUGCCACGUCCUGGACAUAUGAGCCCUCGCUCCAUACCGACCAUGAGGAAGACAAGUUCUUUGAUGCCCCGCCUGUGCCCGACGUCCCCGCCAUGGCUCGCGACUGGAGCAACAAGCGUGUCCCACGGCCCCAGGCCUUCGAAGUCUCAUCGACUCUCGCCCAGCAGCUCCAGGCAUACUCGGACAACCAGAAACAGCGGCGCAAGAGCCACAACUCGAGUGGCCGUCGCCGAAGAACCCUUGUUUACCACGCUCCAGGUCUGCGCCGGAUCGACUCGUUCAGCUCCGUGUUCAGCCACUUCAACCCAUAUCCUCCCUCUGACGACGAGGACGAGCGUGCUCGCGACGGCAGGCGUGUCUCGACCCUCACCACCGAUUCGCGUAGCUAUCCCCCUGUGGGUCGCGCGCGGAAGCCGGUGCGUGAGUCGGGCGAGUACCAGUACGAAAGCUUUCCAGCCCAGAUCAUCGACAACUCGCACGGGCGAGCCAAGCUGCUCAAGAAGAAGCUUGAGCGACAGACCCGGCUCUUCCUCGAACAGCAACGCCUCUACGAGCUUGAGCAGGCCGAGUUUAUGAGGGAGCACGAGCUGCAGGAGGCCCACAAGGACGAGCUGCAAGCUGGCAAUGGCGCUGCUGGUGCAGAGGCCGAUGCUGGGCAGCGCGUUCCCUCGGACACAUCGGAGGACUCGCAGUGGGAAGACGUUGGCAUGGAGAAGCCUGUCUUGGACAACUGGGUCCUCCAGCCCCUGACGACCAUGAAGGCGCUCCGAGACAUCGUGCUGGGCCGCACCAACACGGCCUCCAAGCUGGACGAUGACACCCGCGCCGGCCUUCCUAGCGAAGUCCCCGACAUUCCUCCGUCGGUCGUCGCCACCCAGCCCCAAGCCGAGAUUGCCGCUCCCACCCCGCGCCUGGCUGUGCAUGACGUCCGUCCUUCCCAAGAGUCCGUUGCGAUGGAGCGUGUCUCGUCGAUCGCCAGUUCGAUAUCCCAGCCUCAGGCCGCCGCUGUCCCUGCUGCCGACACCCAGACCUCCAACACGCCCGAGCCGGACGAGCGCUAUCUCGCCGAGACGCUCAAGCGCGUGCGCCAGAAGCGGGCCCCCAAUGGCACCGAUUUGGCCGCUGGCCCGAACACUGUGAACGAAUCCAACCCGUUCGGCAUUGGCGACUCAUCAACCAACCUCUCGCGCACCCCGACCAUCACCCGCAAGGUCACCCAGCGAAGCCAGACGCCCGGCAGCGACAGCGUACGAUCCCACGGCGAGUCCAACCCCUUUGCCAUGCCCGGCACCAUCAGCCGCCGGAAGCGCCCAAUUGUCCAGAGCCGGGACAAGUCCGGCACCGCCAACUCUGCCAAGCGCACCUCGCGCUAUGCCAAGCGAAUCAGUCGCGCCUAUGCAGCUGCUCUUAGCGAGAUUGUGGACGAGGACUUUUAUGCCGUGCCGCCGCACGGGCUCGGUCUCGGCGCCGAGAACCGCAAGUCACGCUCCUACUCGCAAGGCAGCCAAGGUGAUCGCCGCAAGAGCCGCAUGUCGGCGCGAAGGGUGUCACGGUACGGAGACACUCUGGAGCCCAAGAGGACGUCGCGGUACGGAGACAGCCUGGAGCCCAAGCGAGCGUCGGUCUACGAUGUUUUGGCCGACCAGCUCGUCGCCGUGGUUGCCAACAACAGCCCGAAUCGCAAGAGCAUCGUCGGCGAGACCUUCAGCCCGGUGCCCAUGCGGAAGGUCUCGUCUGCGAGCGGCAGGCGGCCGUCCAAUCUUACAGUUCCAGCCCAGCGUCUCAACCGCGCCUCGAUCCCCUUCGUGCCGUCCGAUCACCACAAGAUCGACACGAUCGAGGAGGGUCCAAGCGAAGAAAGCCCCGUCGCCAACCUGCCAGCCCGCCCUCAUCGCAUCAGCACAUCCUUCCGCGUAUAUCGCUCGUCGUUACAUCUGGACCGACUGGCCUUGGUCGCCAAUGGCGAGGACCCUAGCACUGCCGAGAUGAUCAAGGCCAACACCAUGAUUCCCGUCACCAAGCCCAUCGACAUCAAGAUCACCUCGGUUGAUGAAGGGGUCGAGCGCAUCAUCCGGAUCGACGAGAACACCUCGGUACACCUUAAUUCGCUCCUGGGCGUGCCGCGCAUCGUCGAGGACAACGACAUCACUCCCGCAAACCACGACGACCAUUUGUCCCAGAGCGGCAUGAUUCUCGAGAAUGCCAGCAGCGUCGGCAGCGUGGGCGAAGCUCCACCGCCCGCAUCGCCCAACGAUGCCGACGACGAGGGCUGGAUCGACAUCGAGUCCCCCCAGAGCACCAGCCGUCCCGUGCUUUCUCAGUACAUCGUUGAGGUCCAACCUGUGCUCCAUGAAGAAGAAGAAGAAGAAGCGGAAGAAGGGCGAGGAAGAGAAGAAGAAGAAGAAGAAGCGGAAGAAGGGCGAGGAAGAGAAGAAGAAGAGGACGAAAUCGCCGAUGCCUCCGGCCAACUUUCGGAUCCUCUGCAGGAUCUCCCAGCCCCUGUCGCGAGCGUUGGCCCUGCCCUUGCCAAGCUUGAUAUCCGUGACGGUGCAUUCCGGGGUGAUGGAACUCCUGUGGCCCCGCUUCGCACCGAUUCCACGGCUUCAGCGGCAACUGCGAUAUUCGCCGCCUCUCUUCCGCGGACUCCCGCCUCGCCGGCUGCGAUGUCGGUCGACACCAAGCGCCCGGUCGUCCCCGAGGCGCUCUUUGAGAUCAUCGGCGAAGAACCCAACCUCGGCCGGCAGCAUUCCCGCCGAGGAUCCAACCUCACCUUUAUCGAGCGAUCGAACGCCUCAACGCCGGUGCUCCCCGUGGACCCCACUCACUUGGUCCUUGUCAAGGCAUCCCAGUCAUCGCUGCGCUCUGGAUACAAGCGAUUCAGCGCCGAAAUCGAGCGGCCGGCCACCCCUCCAGCGCGGCCCAACCGAGCGUCGACGCCCCUGCCCAUGGCAGCCAACGACCCGGAGGAGCCUCCCGCCGUGCCCAAUGUCGAGCGCACCAUGUCCGAGCAGGUCAUGACCACGGUCUCUGCCCCCGGCACACUGGGAAGGACGCCCAAGAGCGAUCCGUCACCGAGCGACUCGCCCGAACGGCCCGAGUCCCGAGGCGGGCUCUUUGGCACCCUAAAGCGGCUCAAGGUCGCCCGUCUCAAGAGCGGCGAUGGAGUCUUUCACUUUUCCGCAUCGACGACUUCGCUUCCGACUCCACCAUCGCCCAUUGCCCCAGUGCCCCCAAGCCGAGUCAAGUCGUCGCCGAGCUCGCCCCACCCGCCGCAACAGCAACAGCAGCAGCACCGACAGCAAAUCCAUGGUGACCACAGCUGGAUCAGCCAGCGCUCGGCCUCGUCCACGCUCAGUGGCACGACUACAGCUGAGCUGCCCGAGCCAGAGUCGACCAAGGUCGAUGAUCUCAUUUCGCUGUUCGAGAACUGGGGACGCAAGGGCUUGGGCCAGCCUCGCAAGCAAAGUCUGUCGCAUCUGAGCCAGCUGAUGCACUCGACCUCGAUGUCGUCCAUGGCGGUGAACAUGUCCUCGAACGGACGCAAGAUCUCCAAGGGCCACCACCCGCUUCCAUCCAUCCCUGCCGAUGGAGGCGACGGUGGGCUCUCCGAGUCGGCCCGACGGCCCUUUAUGCUCUCGGACCAGGCCCCAACCGAGAUCUCGACUCUCCCCCGCAACCUCUCCAAGGCGAGCGACCGAAGCGGGGCCUCAGAGGCUCAGUCGGGCGUUUCGCGCAAGCAGAGCAUGCCCUCCCUCAACGACACGCCUUCGAACGACAAGCGCAAGUGGUGGACGCUGCGGCGCAAGUAAUCCCGGCUGCUUUGACGAU